AUUUGAAGUCCUUCUUUUGAUUGGAUAAAAGAGCACGAUCAGCUGAUCAAUAUGUUAAAAUAUCUGAGAACGUGCUUCAGCAAUCCUUAUUUCAAAACAACUGCUAACUAUGGGGACCAGAGAAGGUUACGGUGCUGUCGGAAAUGUUGUGAUUGAAGGUAAAACUAAAGUUGUUUACAAUCUGCCAGAAUAUGAAAAUGGAAAGUACGUUUUGCUUCAAUCCAAAGAUCAGAUAACUUGUGGAGAUGGAGCACGAAAGGAUAUACUAGAAGGUAAGGGGGCAUUGAGCAAUGCGACUAAUGGUGCUGUAUUUGAAUUUCUAAAUCAAUCUGGUGUUCGAACCCACUUCCACAAGUCGUUAUCUGAAACUGAAUGUAUUGUGGAGCAUUGUGACAUGAUUCCAUUGGAAGUUGUAACACGCAGAUUAAUUACUGGAUCGUAUUUGCGGAGAAACCCUGGUGUGGAGGAAGGCUAUCGUUUUCCAGAACCAAAGAUGGAAUAUUUCUUCAAGGAUGAUGCAAAUCAUGAUCCCCAGUGGUCAAGAGAGCAGAUUCUAUCAGCAAAACUUUCAGGUUCAGGAGUCAUAAUUGGGGAGCAUGAAUUAAAUGAAAUUACAGAGGUGGCUCUUGCAUGCUUUCAAAUUUUGGAAAAAGCAUGGGCUUCAAGGAACUGUGUUUUGGUUGAUAUGAAGGUAGAAUUUGGGAUUACUAAAGCAACAAAGGAAGUUGUACUUGCAGAUGUUAUUGAUAAUGACUCUUGGCGAUUAUGGCCAGCUGGCGAUAAGCGACUAAUGAGAGAUAAGCAAGUUUACAGAAACUUAAAGGAAGUCACAUCAGAAGCUAUGGUUGAAAUUAAGAAAAAUUAUGCUUGGGUGGCAGAGGAAGCUAAAAAAUUCAGCAGUAAGCCAAGUGCUCGGGCUGUCAUAUUGAUGGGUUCAUCAAGUGAUACUCCACAUUGUACGAAAAUUGCAAACUAUUUAAAAACUCUUGGGGUACCUUCUGACGUUCGUGUAUCAUCUGCCCAUAAAGGUUCAGAAGAAACACUUCGUAUUUUGCAUUAUUAUGAAAGCCAUAGCAUUCCAACUGUAUUUAUAGCAGUUGCUGGACGAAGUAACGGACUUGGGCCUGUAUUAGCUGGAAAUACUUCAUACCCAGUUAUAAAUUGUCCACCCAUUAAAGCAGAUUGGGGUUCUCAAGAUAUUUGGUCUUCCUUGCGUCUUCCGUCAGGCUUGGGUUGUACAACCAUUGUUGAUACAGAAGGUGCUGCAUUAGCUGCUGCACAAAUUCUUGGUAUGACUGAUCACAAUAUAUGGUGCAAAUUGAGAGGAAGGAGGUUAAAUUUCACUGUGAAAUUGAUGCAUGAUGACAAAAAAGUAGUGGCCGAAAACAAUAAAUAAACUGAACCGUAAAGCCUUGAUUUGAUCAACUUUAGUAAUUGUCUUUAUAUAAUCUUUGUAUGUUGGUUGCCUUUUUUUAACAUAUCUUUUGCAUGAGUAUAUUUUCUUAGUUAUUGUGUAUUUGAUCAGCUUCAUUGCUGGAUGUUAUAUUUAAAAUGCAAAAAAAAAAAUAUUAUAUUCCGA